UAUCUGUAUCGUAGUUGGUGAGAAUGCUGUUAAGUAACACGUGUCAGAUAACAGCUGUUGGCUGUUGUGCAGUGAGGUCGGGGUUCAGGAAGCGUCGCAGUCCGCAAUGAGAAACAUGGGAGUGUUUUUAAGGUUAUCGCGUUUGGCUCAGCUGGAGAGCACCCGGCACUACUCAUCAGCUGUAAAGCUGAAUGAAGUGUUCAUAGUUUCAUCAGCAAGAACACCGAUGGGUCCAUUUCGAGGAAGUAUGGCAUCACUGACUGCUCCAAAACUUGGUUCAAUUGCUGUACAGGCUGCAAUAGAGAGAGCUGGAAUUCAAAAGAACGAAGUGAAGGAAGUUUUCAUGGGGAAUGUUUGCCAAGGGGGAGUUGGCCAGGCUCCAGCAAGGCAAGCGGCUUUGUUUGCAGGUCUGCCCAAGUCUACAAUAUGCACAACAGUAAAUAAGGUGUGUGCAUCGGGAAUGAAAGCUAUAAUGCUGGCAAGCCAAAGUUUGAUGUGUGGCCAUCAGGAAGUUGCCCUUGCAGGUGGCAUGGAAUCUAUGUCAAAUGUACCAUUUUACAUGAAGAGAGGAGAAACAAGUUAUGGAGGUGUCAAUCUUGUGGACGGUGUUGUUUUUGACGGACUGCUUGAUGUUUACCAUCACAUCCAUAUGGGAAAUUGUGCUGAAAAUACAGCUAAGAAUUAUGGGUUUUCUCGUGAAGAUCAAGACCAAUAUGCAUUAAACAGCUACAAAAAAAGUGCAGAGGCAUACAAAACAGGGGCAUACAAAGAUGAAUUGGUACCUGUUAGUGUACCGCAGAAGAAAGGGAAGCCAGACCUAGUUAUUUCUGAAGAUGAAGAAUUCAGAAGGGUCGACUUUGAUAAGUUUACAAAACUUAAACCAGCAUUUCAGAAAGAGAAUGGCACAGUAACUGCUGGAAAUGCAUCUACACUAAAUGACGGAGCAGCAGCAUGUGUCCUCAUGACAGAAUCUGCUCUGAAAAAAUUUGGCUGUAAACCACUAGCAAGAGUGGUUGCUUUUAAGGAUGCAGCAACAGAACCUAUAGAUUUUCCAAUUGCACCUGCUUUUGCUAUUCCAAAGUUGCUGGAGACCAGUGGUGUGAAAAAAGAUGACAUUGCCCUUUGGGAAAUAAAUGAGGCAUUUAGUGUUGUUGUUCUAGCUAACAUCAAGAUACUAGACCUUGAUCCAAGUAAGGUCAAUGUGCAUGGUGGAGCAGUGAGCUUGGGUCAUCCUAUAGGCAUGUCUGGAGCUCGCAUAACGUUACAUCUAGUUCAUGCACUAAAGCCUGGUCAAAAAGGAGUUGCGUCAAUAUGUAAUGGAGGUGGUGGAGCGUCUUCAAUUUUAAUUGAGAAACUAUAACUGCAAGGAUAUGAGGAAGAUUGAAGAAAAAAGGAAACUGAAGAGUAAUUAAGAGGAAUUUAUUCAGUUAUCAUUUUCAUGCACAAGAAUUACAGAGAAGGUCCAAAAUUUUUAAUUUUUUUGUGUCAUUUUAAUCACAUCAUUAAUUUUAAGUGUUACUUUACAAAAUGUACAAAGUAUUAUCUUUGCUAAUUAUCUCUCAGCACCAUAUUUGACUGAACCAGGUGAAAGGCAAAGUCUGUCAAGUCAAUUGUAAACUGUAUUUUCACCUGUCUGAUUCAGUUUUGCCUUAUUCUUUAUUAUAACAAAAUGGUUUAUAAUUCUUUCAACUUGGUCAAGAGUCCCCUCUUGCCAACAAUGUUUGAAGCUAAUGUAAAAGAGCAGUCAAGUCAAAUUAAAGAGAUUGUAAUACAACUGGCACACCAGCUUUCACAUUUAUCUUUGACUGCAUUAGUUUUGGAGGUAUUGUACUAAGUUUGUAUGAGCUACUGUUUUUUGUCUUGUGUUUCAUUCUUGUUAAGAGAUGUGUACAACUUAUAAUGAAGACUGAACUGUUUUAGAUGUAAUAUAAAUGUACAGUACUAAAUCCGGCUACCUGUUCUUGUCGUCAUUUUUAUUAUUUUUGUACUAUUAGAUAUUUUUGCGUAUGUAAGGAAGCAUGUUUAAAAUGCAAUAAAAAUGAUUAUUCUUCUA